AUGGCUCGGAAUCUCCGUUCAUCGUCGCACGCAGAUUCCCGCCCCCCGACACCUGCAACACAUACUGGCAAUAUGGCCUCUUCAUUUACAGAAUCUACGAGACCGCGCAAACAACGGCGGACUGGGAGAACCUCCCGUGUUGGAACCGAUUCCUUGCGGGAGACGCCGGUUUCGAGUCAAUCGCAAUCCGAUCAGCCACAGGAGUCCGCAACAAAUGGAGUAAAUGGUACAGAGUUGAAUGGUCAUAAUGCAGAUUGGACAGAGCCUCCACCGCGAGCUCCGGUUCCAAGUUAUCUUGAUACGCCCUGGUCAAAUGUCUCGACAGCUCACAACCCUGUCUUGGGAACUAUGCGCCCCCUAGGCGCAUUGCCUUCUACUGCAGAUAGGCGUAAAGCGGGUCUGGCGCCAUCGCAUCCGGGUACCCCAAGCAUUCCUGUCGUCAAGGAACCGCAACUUGUACCUAACGGAGAGAAGAAGGAUGACAAUCCUCCAACUCCCUUAUCGCCGGCUGAGGAACAGGCCCCUGAUCCGAUUCUACCUAGGCCUGCCAUUGAAGAAGACCUCGCUGCCUUCACAAUCCUUCCCGUCCCGAAUUCGCUGGACGCCGAUGUAGACACGCUGAAGGCUGCGGUUGAGAGCGCCCUGCACUUGGCUUCAGAUGCCAACAACCAGCCCGUCAUUAAGGGGCUACUCCGCAUGUGGGAAAAAUGCGGAAACGAUCCCUACGCUCUCAGGAUCCUGGAUGGAGUCUGUCAAGAGACGCCCGCCUCUCCCCAGAAAUCCAUGUUCCAGAAAGUGAUGAGGAACGCCUUCGGAGAGUUGGAGUCCAACGACACCACGAUCAUCGAACCCAGCGCGCCACCGGUACCAGGACGAGCCCGUUCAGCUAGCAGCGUGUCUACUCUUUCCUCUGCGAAAUCACUCGACGCCGAGACAUAUGCGCCCGCCCCGGUGGUUGCUCCAACGUCGGCUGCCCGUCCCAAGAAAGGGAAGCAGUCCAAAAACUCGGCGCAAAAGAAAAAUCUCGUGGCCUCAGCCCUUGAUGCUCAACGGCAAAGGGCAUCGGAAAACCGUGAGCUCUCAGCAGACGCUGUACAUGCCAAGAAAUCCCGGCUGCGGAAGACCCUGCCCAGGAUCGUGACAUCCGAAAGUGGAAUCCGCUUCUCUUUGACGUCAAAUCCCCCUUCGAACUUGUCUUCGCCUGGUCUCAUCACACCAAAUGCACAUAUCUCGACCCCAGAAGCCACGGGACCGCGUAGAGAACGAUCGGGCAGUCUGGCAAGCAGCGACGCCGGCGAUAAUAGACGUCUAACUCUUACUCCCUCACUCACUGACGAUUACGAACCCGAGGAAAACAAUGACUUCUGUCGACAAUGCAAGGGAACUGGGCGGCUUCUAUGCUGUGAUGGCUGUGUGUACUCGUACCACUUCUCCUGCUUGGACCCACCUCUAGAUCCUGCGAAUCCCCCGGGGGGUGACUGGUUCUGUCCCAAAUGCUCAAUGUCAAAAUCAUUGAGCACGCUUGUGGGAGGUAUGGACCAAGUCAACGGGCGGGACUUCGCGUUGCCCAGUAAAAUUCGUGACUUCUUUACCGGAGUUCGCACUGAUGAUUCCGGAAAAUACGAGGAGGUAGCAUCAUUACCGCGCAUUAACCCUCGUGCGGCUAGGGGAAGUCGCAUCGGUCGCUACGACGACCCCUUCUUGUUGCGAAUCACCGACGCAAAGGGUAAACUCAUCGUUUGCAUAAAGUGUGGGCAAACUACCAAUGGCCGUCGACCGAUCAUUCAGUGCGACUUCUGCCCCUGUGCUUUCCACAUGGACUGCAUCGAUCCGCCACUGGCUGUUCCGCCGACCCAGCGAGCUGGAAGCGAUCGUCUUUACCACACCUGGAUGUGUCCGAACCACGCCUUACAUGACAUGUGCUAUCCCGUCAAGGAUGACGAAGGGUACGAAACUAUGAAACGCAUUCGCCGUCCUAAGAACCCACGUUAUGUAGACAUUGAGAUCCUUCCAGAAAAGGAGGAAGAGGAGAACCUCGAGGAUGAAGAGAAGGAAGGCAUCACGUAUCGUGUCUCAGAAAAAGGAAUCAAACUCGACUUUAUCCAGAGAGUCAAAAGGGAGAACGAAAAUGCUGCGGCAAAGAAAGCAGCAGAAAGCAGGUACUUCGAGUACGCCAAAUCGAAAGUCGAUGCUAUCACUGCGGAGGCAGAAGCAUUUUUCGCAUCUCAGAAACCAGCUACAGACACCACUGCGGCUAUACUAAAUUCACGGACGGACGCGGAGCGAGAAGCUGCUGCGAACUUGAUAUCAUUCGCCCAGAGUAACCAUGUCACCUGGCAAGAAGAAGACGACCAAAUCAGUCUCCUAAUUGACCAGCUCAAGGCCAACGCGCCUAAGGACCUACCUGCACCUGAAGACGAAAUCUCAUCUCUCCUUGCUCUCCAGAAGCUCAUUGAGCAACGAAUCAGUGUGCUGCAACCAAAACCGGCUGAGAGUGCUCAGUCCGCUGAAGUUUGA